AUGCGUUUCUAUGUCCUUAUUGGAGCCGCUUUGUGCUUGGCUUUGGUGUUUGGUGCUCCGAAGAGACGCGGUACGGACAAUUGUGGAUUGAUUUCUGGACCGAAGGGACACUGGAAGAAGACUGGUCAAGCCGAUAUUUGGUGUGAGAUGUGUUUGGAUAUUACUGAGAUCCUUAAAACCUAUGAGGAGUGUGGAGAGGAAAAACUCGCUGAGAAACUUGAUGAGUAUUGCCAGGAAAAAUUCGGUAAUGGAACUUUUGGAAAUCUCUGUAUCAAGAAUGUUAAUGAGAUUGCACACGAGGCAAUUGACGAUACAGCAGACAUAAACUCGACUUCUGUUUGCGACAGUUUGACAAAAGAACCUGAUUGCAAGUUCAGACUCAAUUUUGAAUAUGUGCUUUAC